AUGAAAACGGCAAAUAUAAAGGUACGUGCACGGGACGGAGCAUUCAUCAAUUGCAGAACCCUGUUGGAUACCUACUCCAGGGCCAACUUUAUGACCGAGGAGUUGGCCCGAAAACUACAGUUAUCACAACAUGCAAUCAAUACGUUGCUACUACAAUUCAAUCAAUUCAUACCAAUCUCAAGAAAACACUCAAUUUCUUUAUCAUACAAAAUAUCAACACUCAUUCCAAACCAACCAAUCAAUCGCAAAUACAUUUCUAUGCCUCCGAACAUUCACUUGGCUGAUCUUGAUUUCGACAAACCAGCACCAGUUCAAAUACUACUCGGAACAGGCCCGACCCUAUCCUUCUUCAGCAUUGGACAAAUAAGGCUUCCAACGCCAUCAAACUCGGAUUUAAUACUUCAAAAAACACAGCUCGGUUGGAUCAUCGGAGGAAGCGUUCCAACCCGCAGCGAACCAUCACCCACAUCACUAACCUGUCAUAACACCAGUUUACAACUUGACCUGGAAAGGUUUUGGAAAUUAGAAGAAAGCGCAACUACACCUCACCUCACCUCGGAAGAACAAGCAGCCGAGGAACACUUUAAAUUAAACACAAGACGGUCACCCGAUGGCAGGUAUGUGGUGGCUUUACCAUUCAAGGACAAUAAGCGCAACCUCGGCGAUUCUCGAAAUACCGCGUUAAGACGAUUUCAUUCACUGAAGAAUAAACUCAAGUCUAAUCCCAUAUUAAAAGACCAAUACACCGCCGUCAUUCAAGAAUACAUAGACCUCGGCCAUUUAACCGCUACUUCUAAUACCCAACCAGGUUAUUAUUUACCACACCACGCCGUUAUCAAGGAAAGCAGCCAGACCACUAAAAUUCGCGUCGUCUUCGACGGUUCAUCAAAAUCGAACACCGGGACUUCACUCAACGACACUUUAAUGGUCGGACCAACCAUUCAAGACGACAUCAAUUCUUUGUUGCUGCGUUUUCGUUUAUACAAAUAUGUCCUGACCGGAGACAUCGAAAAGAUGUACCGGCAGUUCCUCGUGCGUGAAGAAGAUCGGAAAUUUCAACGAAUCUUCUAG